GUCUUUUCCAAUCUGAGCAAUUCUAUGAUUCUAUGAUUCUAUGGUUAACUGCACUAAACGUUAACGCUUUGCAGAGUACAUGCUUCCCCUGUUGGCUGGUUCUCCCUCAUUCCACAUCCCCAUCUCCCCAAGGAAGUGGAGGCUGGAGCAGCUCCUGUGAUGGGCAGCACACAUCACCCCUUUGCCUUGAACCACCUCCAGUGUCUGCAGACCAACUGCAGCGCCCUCGUGCUGCUCAGCAGCAGGACUCCCUCAAGUACAAAUGUGACUGCCUUUCUAAGCCCCUCUCUUUGUGCUAUGUUCCUUAACAGUUUGUAAGGACUGUUGCAAUAAUGUCAAUACAGAAAAAGCAAAGUGGGUGCCGAACGUGGAUUGAGUACACUGUGGCCUGUACAGAUGUUCAGUCAAGGCAUGUUUUGUUUAAAAAGAAAACAUGAACGUGUAAACUAAGCUCUAUAGAGAAUACAGCUUCUGAAGCUGUGCAUUGCUAUUAACCUAAUUUAAAUAAAUACCUGAUGUCAACAGGAGUCCUUUAAUUGACAGGCUCUCAAAGUGUGAGCAGCUUGUAUAAAAAUAGGUGAAUGUGUGCAGAUGUACAUAUGUGUGCUGCAAAGCCCUGUGCUGACAUCAAGUGGUGACAUGUAAGCGUGCUGAGAGGAGACAGCCUGGCUCUGCAGCAAACCUGAUUUUUAAAACCACGACUGAUGUGAAGUUUUAUUUGAGGAUUUGCUCACAUAGGCUCAGAUUGGUGUGUUCUUUAUGUUUUUAACUCAGAUUAAAGAGCACUUUCCCUUCCAAGCUGUCCAAAACCUGCAGAGUUAAUCCAUCCUGUUGUUCCAUGCCCUGCCACGAUAAAGGUUAUGUGGAGUCGGUGAGCACAGCAGCCAUGCUGCACAACUGAUCCUGGAGUUAUCACUGAGCUUGUGCCAGUGCUUUGCUAGUGCACAAAGAAAUGCUCAUGCUGUUCACCUCUCCCCAUUUUGUUACAUAAGUGAAGGCUGGGGGAGGAAUACCCAAAAGUUGGAGGUUUCCAAGCACGCUCUGCCUUCAGCUAUUGCACUGAGAGAAGGGGCAUUGUUCCACCAAACAGGUUUUUUCAAGGUUUCUACAUGUUGACUUUGAGGCCGGGCUUUGCCCUCCGAGGUUUUGUUUUCUCUUUAGCAGCCGGACUUUAAACUUCAACAUCUACCGUUGAGCCAUUUCCCCAAAGAGCUGCAGGAAUGCAGGCAAGCCACCAUUGAUCGCAGAGAGUAGCAAUGGCAAGAUGCCUUUGGACAAUGUUGUUUCUUCUCUCUGCCCUUUUCCUUCAGACAGAGCAGACAGUGUUUAUAUCAACUGAUGAUGCAAACAAAGUUAUCAAGAGACAUCGACGUGCCAACUCCCUGCGAUUUGAGGAGGUCUUGCAAGGCAGCUUGGAAAGGGAAUGCCUUGAAGAGAGAUGCACACACGAGGAAGCAAGAGAAGUAUUUGAAAAUGAUGAAAUGCUCAAAAUGUUUUGGGAUAACUAUUAUGGUGGCUGGAGGUGCUCCUCCAGUCCAUGCCAGCAUGGUGGCCUGUGCGAGGACAGCAUUCGUGGCUACACCUGUACCUGCACCGCGGGCUUCGAGGGGGAGGACUGCGCCUUCGCUAAAAAUGAAUGCCGGCACCAAGGAAAAGAAGGAUGUCAGCACUUCUGCUACCCCGGAAGUAAUUCCUACCAUUGCUCCUGUGCUGAUGGCUAUGAGCUCGGGAAGGACAAAAAACAAUGCAUCCCAUUAGAUCAAUGUGCAUGUGGCAGACUUCAAGACAGUGAUAAUCUGAUAAGCGAAACCCCGAAGGAACGUGGCAAGCAAUUUCCUUGGCAGGUCCUGUUGUUAAACUCAGAAGGGAAAGCUUUCUGUGGAGGAGUGCUGCUAAAAAGUAAUUUUGUACUGACCACAGCAGAGUGCGCCCUUCUGCACAACCAUUUUAAAAUCAGGGUUGGUGCUGGGCGUAACAGAACAAGCGGAGCUGAGAAGAUAAUGCAAGUCCAUGAGAAACACAUACACAUCCGGUAUGAUGAAGACACUGGUGAGAAUGACAUUGCAUUACUACAACUCCAAGAGCACAUUGAGUGCGGUAACCACCAGCUUCCUGUAUGCAUCCCUGAAAGAGACUUUGCAGAACAUAUUUUGAUUCCAAAAUUGGCUGGUACAGUCGGCGGAUGGAAAAUGGAAGGUGAUGAAUUUCAAGGCGAUGAGUUGCAGGUUUCUUAUCUUCCCACCGAGGACUGUGAACAAAUACUCAACGUAAGCCUCACAAACAGGCAGUUUUGUGGACACAGCCAGGAGGCCACAGACAAACAGCUGGCUGGAGGGAGCUUUAUAGCCACUGCAUAUAAGGGCACGUGGUUCCUGACUGGUAUCCUGGGACCUUGGCCACUAGAAGAUGCUGACAGGAAAACAUUUUUAUUUACCAACACUGCUAGGUACAUGAUAUGGUUUAAACAAAAAAUGAAAUAAGACACAAACACAACCAAUCCUGCAGCACCAAACCCCUACCACUCACUGCAAGGAAACAUGUGGAAGCAGCCAGUAGAGCCAUUUGACUCUAUCACCAUUUGCAGCAGUGAAGUUGCAAUGAUGAUACGUAUUUAACUCCAAUUCAUACAGAAAAGCCCAUUUGUCUUUCUUCCCUCUGUUGGCACGCAGUACUGUAAAAGCCAUGACACAGAAAAUCUAGCUGCUCUACUAAUAAACAGACUGAAUUUUGAGUUUACUGAACUGUUUGCUUUAAAAUCCAAAAAGUAUUAAUGCUUUUCUAGUCUUUUAAAUGUUGCUAGAAGAAAAUAAGUCUUUUUAAUACUUGUUACCCUGAAGUCUGAUUCAAGAAACCCAUACUCUUAUUUCAGCAUUUGUACAAGUAAAACUCAUAAAAACAAGGGACACUCCAAGCAUUUAAGUGUGUGUGUUGAUAAAGGAUCUGACUCUCUCAUCACACUGAAAAUUUCUUCCUGGUAGCUGUGUUUGGCCUUAGGAAUUAUGUCUAUUUCACAUCUACUCGAGUUAGUGAGUAAAAUAAAAUCAGACUGUCAAAGAGGGGGGAAAAUGUUUUAUUUUCUUUAAAAAAAAAAAAAAAACAAAUAAAGAAACAAAACCCCAGAACUAUCCCCUCAUAACCCACAGGUACACUGUACCCCUCCUCUUUCCUACUUCCAAAAAAGAAAACAAAACAGAACAAACACACAACAGAAGG